GCCCAUUCUGGAUAUGUAAAUGUCUGAGGCACAGAGAAAAACACAGCAAGAAAAAAGCAGUGAGGGAAGAUGUGAGAGCGAAGAGGAGGAGGGGAGCAGCAUGAACAAGUGAGAGAGCGAUCAAGGGAAAGAGAGCAAGAGAGUGAGGGAAAGGGAGCGAGCACUCUGAAUUGUGAGUGGCUUACGACACUCAGUGAACAGAAGGUGCUUCUGCAUGCGCUGUCAGUGUACUGGUCUGCUGCAAGGGAUUGCGCGCUCCUUUGCUUCCCACAUUUACCGCCCCUGCCUGCCUACCAGCACCAGCCUUCAGCAGCCUCUUCCAGCUGGCUGAGAAGACACCCAGAGAGCAAGGGAGUAAACGAAACCUGCGAGCCACGGGGGAUGCGAGCGGCUACCGAACCAAUAUGAGCCACUCAGAUGACGAGGAAUACUGUUACACAAGAAAACAGUGAACAGGGUUCAUCUCUUUAUAUCCUGUUUUGUUUUUUUGUUUUUCCCUUGCGUCCGUCACUGAAAUCAUGAUUAAGUGCUUGAAUGGAUCUAAACCUUACAAGUCAGUGAUUUCUUCAAGCGAUGGACGAUAACACAUUUUGACAGAUCUUUUGAAACUUAAGCGGGAGGGAAAGGAGGAAAGAGCUGAAGACAGAUUAUUUUAAAAAAGAAAAAAAAAAGAUUCUUGCUUAUUUUUUUCUUUCGCUGGUUGUCUCUUCUUCCCUCUGAUCGUUGCAGCAGAGGACUGCGGAGGAGCAGGAGAGACAGAGCUCAUGCAGACAGGGGUACUUGCACUUCCUACCAUCUCGCUGAAAGCUACUUGGAUUCCUUCUCUUUCUGGCUCUUUCACUUGAAGAGAACUAAGACAUUGUAAGCCUGCCAAGGAUCUGGUGUCCACUGAAAAGAGAGAAGGGAGGGGGGGAGAAUUUGUACCACAGUGGGGUCUUUUUUAGAUUCGCACAUAAUUAGUGUUGGGGCACAAAGCGAGAUGCUGAAUGGAGAUUGUCAGCUUUUGAAUAGGGGUGAGUAGGAAUUUUUUCGAAUAAGAUUGAUCAGUGAGGACAGUUUGAUUUUCCAUCCCCUCUACUCUCCACCCACUGCUUGAUAUAUAACGUAAGGAAAGAGACUUUAUUUUUUUGGCAUUUUUUGGGACUUGAUAACAAAAAUACUAUCACUGUCUUCAGCUGACAUACAUAGAAUGAGACAGCUUGUUGAACGAGAUAGAUAUGAUGCGAUAAAUAUGAUCUGAUACGGGCAAAACCGAUAUCCAGAGUGGUUCAAUGGACAUUUUCUCCCUGACAUCCCUGGAUAUUUAUGCUAAUGGAUUUCCUUCUAAUUGGACUGUACUUAAAGUGGCCACUGAAGAAGCCCCCUGGGUUGAUACUGUGUUCAUUGGGCAUUUUUCUAAGAACAGUUCCCUUGGUAGAGGGGGUUUGUCCAAGGUUGUGCCGCUGCGACAGCAAGCUGCUGUACUGCGAGGGGCUCAACCUCACAGACAUUCCCCGCAAUCUGAGCAGUGCCAUGGGCCUGUCCAUGAGAGAGAACAACUUAACGGAGCUGCGUGAAGGCCAACUGGCUGGUCUGUCACAGCUCACCUGGCUCUAUUUAGAUCACAACAGCAUUGACGUUGUAGAGGAGGGUGCAUUUGACAAGCUGAGACGAGUCAAGGAGUUAGACCUGAGCAACAACCGGAUUGAGAGUCUGCCAAAUGGCACCUUUAGGCCCCUCCCAAACCUCCGUAUCUUGGACCUCUCAUACAACAGGCUGCAGGCACUAGAGCCUGACCUGUUCCACGGCCUUAGAAAGCUCACCAAUUUGCAUUUGCGCUACAAUGCUCUCAAAUUUGUGCCAGUGCGGAUUUUUCAGGACUGCAGGAGCAUGCAGUUUCUGGACUUGGGAUACAACCAACUGCAGAGCCUGGCACGAAACUCCUUCGCUGGCCUCUUUAAGUUGACUGAGCUGCAUCUUGAGCACAAUGAGCUAGUUAAAGUCAACCUAGCCCACUUCCCACGCCUCAUCUCUUUACGCACUCUGUACAUGCACAACAAUCGUGCCACUAUUGUUGUAAACACACUAGACUGGACAUGGCACUUUUUAGAGAAGAUUGACCUGUCAGCAAACGAAAUCGAGUACAUCGAGCCACAUGUUUUUGAGAGUACACCAAACCUCAAGGUACUGAUGCUAGACUCUAAUCGUUUGACCUCUGUGGACCAGCGCAUUCUGGAUUCGUGGUCAUCUCUGGACAGCAUUACCCUGGCAGGGAAUGACUGGGAGUGCAGCCGCAAUGUGUGUGCCUUGGCCUCUUGGCUGAGUGCCUUCCGAGGCCAGCAUGACAAUUCCCUGCUGUGUUCAAGCCCUGACACAGCACAGGGUGAGGAUGUGUUGGAUGCUGUCUAUGCUUUUCAGCUAUGUGAGGAUCCCCCAGUAGAGGUGACCACAGCAGGCCUGUACGCCUCCACGAGGGAUCUGGGCCCCAUUACUCCCAACCCCUAUGAGGGCGAGGGUAGUGAAGUGGUCACAAAUUCUUUCACUGUCACAGUGGGCCAUGAUGACCUAGAGAGCACCAUGCAGAUCCACAAGGUGGUAACAGGCACCAUGGCACUCAUCUUCUCCUUUCUCAUCAUAGUGCUCAUGCUAUACGUGGCAUGGAAGUGCUUUCCAGCUGGAAUAAGGCAACUGAGGCAGUGCUUCAGCAGUCAGCGCCGUAAGCAGAAGCAAAAGCAAAGCAUGCAGCAGAUGGCUGCAAUUUCUACACCAGAGUACUAUGUUGACUAUAAACCUAACCAUAUUGAGGGAGCUUUGGUAAUCAUCAAUGAAUAUGGCUCUUGCACUUGCCAACAACAAGCUUCUCGGGAAUGUGAAGUGUGACCCUGCUUUUGAGUAAGUCUUUACCUGUGAUUAUCUGGAUAUACAGUAAAUUCCUUUUUGGAUACACCGGGGAGGGGGACAGAAGGAAUUAUUCAAUCUUCUGGACACUUUUUUUUACAAAGCAUUUCACUGUGAUGUGGAAGAAGUGUGCUUCAUGUGGCUGACUAUUUUGUGGUGGAUUUACUGCUACUGCUAUCUGCUGCUGAUCUGAAGUCACAUAAUGGUCAUGGGACUCUUGGACCUGUUCGUGUUCUAUCGAAAAAGAGAGAGGAAUACAGCGCUGAGGCUUUUCUCUCGAGGAUGGAUAUUUGAGCUUUAAUGUGUCUUUCUAUUUCAGGACAUUUAAUUAUUGUUUAAAAAUAAACUGGGGACACAGGAGAGGAAAAAAAAGAAACCAUUUGUAUUAUGGUACACACAAUAUUUGAGCAUUUAAAAUAUUAAAAACACAUUUAAGUUUAAUUAAAAAUGUAAAAAUAAAACUGUGUAAAAUAUGUUAAAGAAGAAGACGUGCAAGUGUGGACAAAAAAAAGAUAAUCUAUUUCUUUUGUAAACUACAAAAAAGUGUUUAAAUAAAUGAAUUGCUAUUCACAGAAACUCAUUUGUAUAUGAGAAGCCUGUCAGAGAGGAUGAAUGACGACAGACGCAGUCUUUGCGCUCGUGGACUGUAGAGCCAUGACUCUGCAGUGCAUCAAACAGCCCCCCCCCCCCCCUAAAAAAAAUAAGACGAAAAACAAAAAAGAAGAAAAGGGGAAGAGGGAUAUCUGCAUCUCAUCUCCAGUGUAAAACCCACCAUCUGAGUUUUAGACCUCUUCUCGGAUUGAAUCACAUUUUGUUUUGCAUUCAUUGUGUUGACUUUCUAUCAGUGUAGUUUCUUUCCCAUUGCCUGUCUGUGAAUAGAUUAAAAACUAUCUAUUUCAUCCUUUAUCAGUAAUCAUAUUUUCAUUUAGUGAUAUCACAAUAUUUGUGCUCCAUCCAAGUGAAGAAAGAGUAUAAAAGAGCUAAAGCUAUGCCUCUCGUUGCUUCUCACCUUUUGGCUGUCGCAGAGGAGCGUUGCCUCCUCUUACUGAAUCAAGCACACCAAAGCCAACAAUCAUUCAGACCAUCCAUAGUAAAAUCAAAAAUACUGUUCAAAUAAUAUCCAAACCACCGAAGGAAUUAUUCACCAGCUUCAAGAAGAUUUGCACAUAUUGGUCACUUUGUUUUGUUUUUUUUUGUUUUUCUUUUCAUGUGAUGUAAAAUGUGUGUUGAAUACAAGGCCAUUUCCAGGUGCGUGUAUAUAUCCUUCUCCCUUUGGUGUUUAUUGUGUACAUUAGCGCACUGACAGAUGUUGUGUUUCCUGGGUCCUUUGACAUGAACAGUAUGUUAUGUGAGAGAGAGAUGGAGGAUCACAACGACUGCAGAAAGAGGGAACAGACUGCUCUCUAGUGUGCACAUUCUCAUACCGUGGCAGCAUUAUACCAAUUGUGCACCAUGUUCUGAAAAAUUUCACAACGGGGGCAACAUCAAUAUACUGAUUUUACAGCAGCUUUUUCUGAGAAAAAAAAAGAGAAGAAGACAAAAAGAUCAAUUUGCAUUAUUUUUUGUGUUAUUUUGCGAUAAAUAAGAUAAUGUUUACAACUUGUAAGUCAUCAGGAAUAAAAAUGUUUUAAGAACUCACUGACAAUCAUUACACAAUAAGUUUACAUUCUUUAAAUCUUUAAUUCGAUAACAUUGUGAGAUGGUGUUUGGCUGUUCUUCUUUUUAAUCAUUUGCAAUAAGUGGUACAAAAUGAGAUGCUUUGGUGUAUUUUAAAUUGUUAUAACUUGUUGAGGUUGAUAAAGGCCUGGGAGUAAACCCAGCCUGAGAAGAAGUAUAGAGGAUUUAAGGUCCCUUAAGCAAUAAAGUGUCUGGAAAAAACAGAGAGGGGGGAGGGGAUUUUUGCAGAGAGUAAGGAUUAAAUUUAAUUGAAGUGUGCCACUAUUUACUGGGUCUAAAUGAAAUAUUUUGAAGGGAAAAUUCGAGUGGCUAAAAAAGAAAAUUAGAAACUAUAUUGUUAUAUUGAAACAUUUCAUCGAUCUAUUUAAUUGUGUUAAUUCUUACAAUCUCGAGAUCCCCAAAAUGCUAGCCAGAAUGCCAGUGAGCCACAGAAUAUGUAAUACCGAAGCUCCUUCGUUUCCUCCCACAGCUCAUAGGAUUUCUCCCAGUGCCCAAAGAAAUCCCAUCACAUAGAAAUCAUUCUAAUUAUUAUGAAGGACAAGGUGGGAAUUCAGUGAUUUUUUUCUAAAAUGAAUGAACUGUCCCAUUCUAGACAUAAUGCAAGCAGCAGUAAACAUACAUAAACAUAAAAUUGUAUAACUUGGUCAUUAAUCGGUUUUCAAACUAGACCCUUUUUGUUCUCUUCAGAUAUAUACGUCCCAAAAUUAAGAUUAGUUUAAAUCUUAAAGUUAUCUCAAUAAACACUGUAUGAAUCAUUAACAUCAAA